AUUGCAUGCAUGCAAUAUUUAUUUUCUCGUCAUGUAAUGAGGUGUAAGUAGACGAUCAUGGCCAUCGUCUUCUCCAUUUCCUGAAUCAAUCCUCCUCCUGAAUAAAAUAAUAAUAAUCAUAAUCAUAAUCAUAAUAAUCACACACAUUAAUCAACCACCACAAUUACCAUUCUCUUUUUCUUCUUUUUUUUCAUCAAUUUUUCCAAUCAAUUUCUUUCAACCCAAGCAUCAUAAUUCAUAAUAUUCCGAUUAAUAUUAUUAGAUCUCUUCACAAUUCUCAAUUUUCAACCUCUUCAAUUUUCUUCCACAUUUCAUCCAACGAUCACAAAUCUCGAAUUUGGAUCAAUUUCACAAUUUCCAAAAUCGUUCUUCAUUUUCCAUCGAACCUGGAAUUUUCAAAUCCAAAAUCCAUUUUAAUUUCGAGAUCCGUAAUUUCAAACAAGAAAUUAGGGUUUCUCGUAGCUCUUAAUACUCACCGUCAAUGGCGUCGUGGAGUGACUGAAACGACGUCGUUUUUAUAUUUUCAUGGGCAACAACUGCGUCGGACCAAACAUCGGCGGGAAUGGUGGUUUCCUUCAAUCCGUUUCGGCUGCCGUAUGGAAAACACGUCCACCGGAGCCAAGGCUUCCUGCACCUGACGACGACAAAGACAAAAAUCAGUCUCCGGCAAAUGCUGCAACAGAGUCGACUGCCACCGGAAAAGGUUCCGAAGGUUCUAAUAAUCCUCCCAUGCCGGUUCAAAGUACGCCGCCUGAACCGGUGAAAAUAGCUGCUGGAGAAGCAAAACCGCUUCCGCUUGACCAUGAAAAACCCGUUAAAGCUAAACCAGAGGUAGUAAAUAAUCCACCACCAGCAUCUAGUACUACCGGUGGCGGAGGUGGUAGUGGAGAAGCUAAGAAACCUACACAUGUGAAAAGGAAUUCAAGUGUUGGACUUCAGGUAGAGUAUGUAUUGGGUAGAAAAACAGAGAAUAUAAAAGAAUUUUUUAGUUUGGGAAGAAAAUUAGGGCAAGGGCAAUUUGGGACGACAUUUUUAUGUAUGGAGAAAGGAACUAAUAAGGAAUUUGCAUGCAAAUCAAUUGCAAAGAGGAAAUUAACAACACAAGAAGAUGUUGAAGAUGUUAGAAGAGAGAUUAGGAUAAUGCAUCACUUAGCUGGUCACCCAAAUGUGAUACAAAUAAUUGGUGCUUAUGAAGAUGCUGUUGCUGUUCAUGUUGUUAUGGAGUUAUGUGCUGGCGGGGAACUUUUUGAUAGGAUUAUACAGAGAGGGCAUUAUACUGAGAGAAAAGCUGCUGAACUUGCUAGGUUGAUUUUAGGUGUUGUUCAAGCUUGUCAUUCUUUAGGUGUUAUGCAUAGAGAUUUGAAGCCUGAGAAUUUUCUUUUUGUUAGUCAUGAAGAAGAAUCUCGGCUUAAGACAAUUGAUUUUGGACUCUCUGUGUUUUUUAGACCAGGUGAAACAUUUACUGACGUGGUUGGGAGCCCAUACUAUGUGGCCCCUGAAGUUUUGCGGAAGAACUAUGGUCAAGAAUGUGAUGUUUGGAGCGCUGGAGUGAUCAUUUAUAUUUUACUCAGUGGAGUUCCUCCAUUUUGGGAUGAAACGGAACAAGGAAUAUUUGAGCAAGUAUUGAAAGGAGAGCUUGACUUUAUUUCUGAACCAUGGCCCAGCAUAUCUGAAAGUGCAAAGGAUCUUGUUCGAAAAAUGCUUGUAAGGGAUCCUAAGAAGCGGUUAACGGCACAUGAAGUUCUUUGCCAUCCUUGGGUUCAGGUUGGUGGUGUUGCCCCUGAUAAACCACUUGAUUCUGCCGUCUUAUCUCGUUUGAAACAAUUCUCUGCAAUGAACAAGCUCAAGAAAAUAGCCAUUCGAGUAAUUGCUGAAAAUCUGUCCGAGGAAGAAAUUGCAGGACUGAAAGAAAUGUUCAGGAUGAUAGACACAGAUAAUAGCGGACAGAUUACUCUCGAGGAACUGAAAAAUGGUUUAGAGAGAGUUGGUUCCGUUCUUAAGGAUUCUGAAAUUACCUGGUUAAUGCAAGCGGCAGAUGUUGAUAAUAGUGGUACCAUAGACUAUGGUGAAUUUAUAGCAGCUAUGCUUCAUCUAAACAAGAUCCAGAAGGAGGAUCAUCUAUUUGCCGCCUUUAACUACUUUGACAAAGAUGGUAGUGGAUACAUUACAAAGGAUGAGCUUCAACAAGCCUGUCAACAGUUUGGCCUACAAGAGGAUCAUCUAGAUGAUAUAAUACGUGAAGCUGAUAAGGAUAAUGAUGGACGCAUUGACUACAGUGAAUUUGUUGCAAUGAUGCAAGACACUGAUUUUGGCAAAAAGGGGAUAUAAACAGCAUGAGAGAUUUUUUGGAUGCCUUCUGGUUUUAGCGAACUCUUGAUCUUGCCAAAUGAGGACUUGGUAGAUGACUUUGAGUGAGUUUCUUCUCUUCUGGAAGCUGGCUAAAUUAUGUAAGUGAAUGCACUUAGAAACUGUUAGAGCUUCAGGGAGAGAAAGCAUGAAUGGUCUGAUAUAAUAGUGUUUAUGUAUUUAGUAUUUACAACUUUUUAAAAAUGUAGUCAAGUAUAAAUUUUCCAUUUGAAUCUCUUACCCUUAUUUGGGGUAAAUGGAUGGUAGAAUGAUUUCUCAGCAUGGAAUCUAGCACUGUUUUAUCAAGUGUUGGUUCACACUCAACAUCAAAUUGAGGACAAGUUUCUAAAAGAAGUGUUGAAGGAUACAUUUGUGCGAUACGAAUGCUCUUCCAGCUGCACUGUCCUUGUGUCUUCCUCUGAUAUCAUGCCAUUUCUCAGUCAUAGACCAUGUGUUCAUGCCGAAUAUCAUGUUGUAUCAACUCAUGUACCCUGUUUGCAUUCAUGUAUAGAGCCAAAACAUUUGUACUUUUUCGGUUAGUGAUGUUUUCAUUUUAACUUUUAAGUGUAUAAACUCUAAUCAGUAUUUUUUAGUAAUGACUUAUUUUUGUUAAUGAUAAGAGGUGAUGUAUUUGAUAAAUGCAGUCUCUUUGAGAACUCAGGAUUUGUUUCCCCAUCA